AUGUUUGACAUCUUUAACGAUGAUACAUCAAAUAAUCAGAAUAAUUUUACCACUCCUCGCAAUAUAAACUCUUUCAUUUCAGAUCCUCAUGCAAAUGAAGCUCCCGCACAGACUCAUUUUGGAAGUCAAUACAAAAAAUCGAAAUGGACACCAGAAGAAGACAGAGCAUUGAUUGAAAGCGUUAGAAUUCAUGGAACAAAGAACUGGAUUGCAGUGGCAAAUUUGGUUCCUGACAGAAAUUCGAAACAAUGCCGUGAAAGAUGGACUGCGCAGCUCGAUCCAUCAUUAAAUCACAACGAAUUUACUCCUCAAGAAGAUGCCGUUAUUAUCCUACAGCAUCAAGCCAAUGGCCCUUAUUGGGCAAAAAUUGCAGCUUAUCUUCCUGGGAGAUCGGCAACAGCUAUUAAAAACAGAUUUAAUUGGCUUUCUAGAAGACAUUUACCACAAAAGAUGAACAAAUUUUUCCUAUCCGGUACUACUCCGAUGGAGCCAUCGUCUUCUUCAGGAAGCAUGUCUCCACUCGGAAUAGCUCCAUUUGCAUUGUCCGAUCCAUCAGUUUCGCAGAUGCAAAAACCUCAAGAAACCGAACCCCACACAGACGUUCCUGAUGACAUUUUCACACAGAGUUUCUUUGAUAAUCAAGAAGAUGAUGUAUUCAAUUUUUAG